CUUUUCUUCAGGCUGAUUUGGUGGGGUCGCUACUCUCCAAGUUUAACCUCUGCCUGCAGAUCCCUCUGCAGAAAAAAAAUUCAAAAAAAUUACGUUUCUGUCCUGGCUAGAAAAAGAGGUUGAUCAUAAUCAAUACUUUCUAAAUUAGAAUUUGCCAUUGACCAGUGCAGAAUUGAAUUAUCAUAAUCAUUAGAUUCAUUACUUUCUCUAAUUCAGAACUUGCAAUAGAACACUGCAGAACGAGAGAUGGAUCGAAUGAGGCCGGUGCAUGUUAGGCAGAGGAGCUCUUCUAGUGCAUCGGGGGCUCCAACUUCUCCGCUGAUGUCGCCCAUGCACCGCCAUGCAUGGUCGGGAUCGGCAAGCGGGGUGAAUGCGAGGAAAAACCAGAACAAUGCGGCGAAAGCCGCCGCCCAAAGGCUCGCGCAUGUGAUGGCGCAUCAGCCCGCCGAUGACGACGACGGCGACGACGACCUCUCCUAUGAUUACAGCCCUGCAAAUGCCGGUGGCAGCAUUGGGCUCGCUUCUGGGAGGGGAAUGCGCUCUCGCUCUCCGAUGCAAGUUCGUACCUCCAUAGAACAACCUCCAUCUGCACGUUCAACGUCUGGUGGGAGAUCAACUGCAGCUGUCAACUGUGUGGAACAACCUUCAUCCGCUCGGUCUACCACCACUAGCCGAUUAUCUCAGUCCACUAGCUCCAUAGAACAACCUCCUUCAGCUCGUUCAGCUGGUCGUUCAUAUCAAUCUAUCAAUUCCCUAGAGCAAACUCCGUCUGUGCGCUCUACCCCAGUAAACCGUUCAUAUCUAGGAGUCAAGACAGUUCCAAUGGUACCACCUAGUGUACCUCUGUCACUUAGGCCAGCUGCUUCUGCAGUUCCUGGGGAGAUUCUUGGCGAUAAUCGAAGAGAUAAAAGAUUCUCACUAGAUUUGGGGAAUUCGAGAGAAGCUGGCAAUCAGCAUUCUGCUUCUGCUCUUCAAGAUGAGCUUGAUAUGCUGCAGGAAGAAAAUGAGAGUCUACUCGAAAAGCUACGACUUGCAGAGGAAAGGUACGAGGAAUCAGAAGUGAGAGCAAAGCAGCUUGAGAAGCAGGUUGCUACUCUUGGAGAAGGUGUAUCCUUAGAAGCACGCCUCUUAAGCAGAAAGGAGGCAGCACUGCAGCAAAGGGAGGCUGCUCUUAGAGCUGUGGAAAAAACUCAUGGUGGUAGAGGUAAAGAUAUUACGGCCCUUCAGAUGGAAGCAGAGUCUGCUCGAGAUGAGGCAACAUCUGCUUUGGAGCAGCUUCAUGAAGCUGAAUGUGAAAUCAAAUCGUUGAAGUCAGUGACCCAAAGACUGGUGCUGACUCAGGAAGAGAUGGAAGAAGUUGUUCUGAAGAGGUGCUGGCUUGCUCGGUAUUGGAGUUUGUGUGUACGGCAUGGUAUUCAUGCAGACAUAGCCAAAGCAAAAUAUGAGUAUUGGUCAUCCUUUGCUCCUCUUCCUAUUGAAGUUGUAUUGGCUGCUGGGCAGAGAGCAAAAGAGGAAAACUCAUCAGUGAAUACAGAUAUAGAGGAGAGAGAAAAAGUUACACAGGACUUUAAUGAACUUUCUGGAGAGGGGAACAUUGAGAGCAUGCUUUUAGUUGAGAAAGGUCUGAGGGAAUUGAUCUCACUAAAGGUUGAGGAUGCUGUCGUACUUGCAAUGGCACAACAGAGACGCCCCAAUGCUCUGAAAUCUGAUGACUUAAAACUUCCAAUUGAGGGGCACCAAGAAGCUUUUGAAUUGAGCCAAGAGGAGUCUGAAGAUGUGCUUUUUAAGCAGGCUUGGCUUACAUAUUUCUGGAGAAGAGCAAAGAACCAUGGGUUGGAAAAGGACAUUUCGGAAGAGCGUUUGCAGUUCUGGAUCAAUCACGUUACACAGUCACCCACCUCACACGAUGCAGUUGACGUUGCACGAGGCCUUACAGAGCUCAGGAAAUUAGGAAUUGAAACCCAGUUGUGGGAAGAAUCUCGCAAAUGGAUUGAGCAAGAGAGUCCCAUCAAUUCUGGAAUACAUAUUGAUUCCGACUUUUGAUAUUUUGUUUAUAAUUUGCCUGGUUUACUUAUUAAUAUUUUGGAAUAUCUCCUGUUCUAAAUUUACUCCUGUGGAGCCUUUGUCAGGCUGCUUCUCGCAAGUUAAAUGGCAAUGCCUAUUCUAAUGUAUUUAUGAUUCACUCACUUUUAAAGUUUGGGCAUAAUUCUCCUGCUUGAAUCCCUCCAACUUUUUUUGCCACAUUUUGAUGCACGACUUUUGAUUUGUUAAGGAAUCCAAUCUUUGGCAAGUUUGAACCA